UAAGCGGGUACACGAGAGAACACCAGUAUUUCAGUUUCACGGAAGUAAAUUAACCUGUUUACAUCACGUGUAUGGGUGUUGACAACGCCAGAAUACCCAGUCAAAGGAUGAGGCUAAAAUUAGAUUUCACUUCCUGGUUGGUCGGACUACCUUCAAUCCAAAGGUGCACAUACCAUACGCAAUGAAUGACACUCGAUGAUGGAAAUGGUGAUUCUAAUUGGAGGAACUUUGUUGGUGACACUGUUGUCUCAUGUUGAAGGUCAGACACUGUCACUACAAGGUUCUUCAUCUUCAGUGCUACUGGGUGACAGCUUCCAGUUUACCUGCACAGUGACUGGAGGCGGCCCUCUACAAGGAACACUGAGCUUCCAGCGGGGAGCAGGAGCAACACCAUACAGGCCAUGUAUUGUCAACUCUAGAACCUGUGCACAGUUCACUGGUGAUCCUGGCUACUCAUGUGGAUGUGUGACUGGACAGACAAAGAUAUUCUACACAAACAUCACAGCUGUCAGUAGAAAUGAUAGCAAUAACUGGACAUGUCAGGACAGUAACAGCAUCAGUAACACCAUCAGUGUGGAUGUACAGUACGCCCCGGUGAUCACCUCCGUCCCGAGCAACAAGGAUGUGACAGAGAACACCAGUCCCAACAUCGACUGUAGCAGUAACAUCACACCAGGCAACCCUUCAACAACAAGCUACAGGUGGACAGGUCCAGGUGGUUACAGCAAGGAUGGGGCUGUACUUGACAGACCUAUCACCAGGACUCAGGGAGGAGAGUACAUCUGUACUGCCUCCAACACUGCAGGACUGUCAGACACAGCUCAGGUUAACAUCAAUGUGCAGGAUGCCCCAGUGAUCACCUCCGUCCCCAGCAACAAGGAUGUGGCAGAGAACACCAGUCCCAACAUCGACUGUAGCAGUAACAUCACACCAGGCAAACCUUCAACAACAAGCUACAGGUGGACAGGUCCAGGUGGUUACAGCAAGGAUGGGGCUGUACUUGACAGACCUAUCACCAGGACUCAGGGAGGAGUGUACAUCUGUACUGCCUCCAACACCCCCGGACUGUCAGACACAGCUCAGGUCAACAUCAAUGUCCAGUACGCCCCAGUGAUCACCUCCGUCCCCAGCAACAAGGAUGUGACAGAGAAAACCAGUCCCAACAUCGACUGUAGCAGUAACAUCACACCAGGCAACCCUUCAACAACAAGCUACAGGUGGACAGGUCCAGGUGGUUACAGCAAGGAUGGGGCUGUACUUGACAGACCUGUCACCAGGACUCAGGGAGGAGUGUACAUCUGUACUGCCUCCAACACUGCAGGACUGUCAGACACAGCUCAGGUCAACAUCAAUGUGCCAUACGCCCCAGUGAUCACCUCCGUCCCCAGCAACAAGGAUGUGACAGAGAACACCAGUCCCAACAUCAACUGUAGCAGUAACAUCACACCAGGCAACCCUUCAACAACAAGCUACAGGUGGACAGGUCCAGGUGGUUACAGCAAGGAUGGGGCUGUACUUGACAGACCUGUCACCAGGACUCAGGGAGGAGUGUACAGCUGUACUGCCUCCAACGCUGCAGGACUGUCAGACACAGCUCAGGUCAACGUCAAUGUGCAGUAUGCGGACACUCCAAGGCUAACAGUUUCCAUGCCUCAAGUUCAGGAGAAUGGCACUGUAUACCUGGCCUGUAGUGUGACCAGCAGUCCAACUGCACAGAUGACCAUCAGGCACAUGGACAAUGACUCAUUUUUACUAACAGAGGAGACAAACAGUGCCAAGUUUGUCAUACACAGAGUCCAGUGUUUACAAAAUGGGACCUACCAGUGUUCAGCUGAUAACUCACAGAUUCCGGGGGCAAAGACAACUUCUGCAUCAUUGGAUGUCUUGUGUUACCCAAGAAGAGACUUUCGCAAAAAGUUUCGUUCCAACAGUAACAUGUGAAAUCAAUGAAACUUCAUAUAUGGUUUCUCAUGUGAUCGCAAAUCCUCUGCCGAACAUCACCUGGUGGAGAUCCAAUGAGGGCCAGCUGGAGCCUAUCAGGGCAUCAACUGUACACACUGUGUCCAGCACAGACCUACAGUCAACACUCAAGAUCACUGUUACACAUGCCAGGGACUACGGGAAGUAUGCUGUAAGGGUGAAAAAUUCAGUUGGAGAGAGCACCAUUGUCUACUCACUGUUGCCGAUUUCAGCCCCGCUUGCCCCAGACGAGUUCAGAUUUAAUGAAAUUGGGUACACAAACGUGAUUCUUCAAUGGAAUUCCAACUACAAUGGAGGUUCUCUACAAACAUUCCUGGUUGAUUAUAGAGCCGCUGAAGGUGACAGCAACUGGGAUAUAUGGAGGACAGGGAUACCAGAUCCAGGAAUACACAGGGCUGUGUUAAGCAACGUUACGGGAUUGAAAUCAAAGACAAAUUAUCAGUUUCAAGUUUAUGCAAGAAAUAUUUAUGGCACCAGUGAAAAAAGUUACCAGGACAGCAACAACUGAUGGUGAAUUUCUAGCUGAUGGACAGCUAACAGAAGACCGAUUUGAAAAAGGAAUUGGGAUAGGAAUUGGGAUAGGAAUUGGGAUAGCUCUUCCCAUAGUGAUACUACUUUCCAUUCUUCUUGUAAUUAUGUCUCGGCGAAAUCGAGGCAAAGGAGAAAAAGUGCCUGGUACACAAACCGAGCACACACAGUCAGUUCCAUAUGAGGCCACUGAACCAAGGACCUACUCCUCUCUCAAUCAGCAAAUAUCUGAGAACAACGAAUAUGAAAGAAUUCAACUGGAAACAUGUGGCAGAGCAUUUACCACUGAAAGUGAACAUCCAUAUCGGAACAUGACAGUACCAUACCAAAA